GGAAGUUGCAAUUUUCUCUAUAGGGUUGCAUAGUUUGGAGUGGCUUGGUGCAAAUCUGUCAAGUUGCAAAGAUAUUUCGCUUUUUCACAAUCUUACACCAUACUAAUCGAGUAAAAAAUGCUACCACGUACAAAGGUUUUUGUCGGGAGUGUCCCCCAGGGCACCAAGCCCGAAGAUUUGCGUCGUUUAUUUGAGAAAUUUGGGGUUGUAACUGAGUGUGACAUCAUGAAUCGCUGUGGAUUUGUCCACAUGCAGACCCAGGAUAUGGCCGAUAAUGCAAUUCAGGCCCUCAACAAUACCACAUUCCGUGGAACCACCAUUAGCGUUGAGCGGGGCCGAAUGAAGGAACGCGGUGCCGGGAAGAAGGGACCCGGAGGACAAGGUGGGGGCAUGAUGGGCCAGAGGAACAACAUGAACCGUGGGCCAAUGGGCGGAAGGGGUCCAAUGGGUGGGAAUAUGGGACAGGGUGGUCCUAGGGGGCCAAUGGGGGGCGGCAUGAGAGGACCUCCUGGUCCGGGAAUGAACAAGGGAGGCGCUGGCAACAGGAAUAAUAUGCGAGGGCCGAUGGGAGGCGGAGGUGGUGGAGGAAAUAUGGGCGGAGGUAUGGGUGGCCCAAUGCGUCGCGAUCGCGGUGGUGGCAACAAUCGCCCCAAUCCCUACCAACGGGGAGACCGUCCGGACUUUGGUGGGAUGCGCGGGAAGCCAGGUGGCAUGCGCAAUGGCAUGGAACCACCACCAUUUCCUCCCUUUGAUGACAUGCUGCCGCCGAUGGAUAUGCCUCGCGGUGGAAUGAUGGACAGAGGUAGCUUGAUGAGGAGUCUUGUAUCGAAAGUACAGUCAUUGCAAGACCUUUCCUCCUCCCAAGGCAUGAUGGAUCGUGGCGGGCCAAUGGGUGGCAUGGGUGGAGGUCCUGAUCGCUUCGAUGACGACGGUUUUGGGUUCAGCAACGAAGAUCGUCGCGGUUUUGCCCUGCCGGAGCGUCAGAUGUUCGAUCAGGAUGGUCCAAUGUUUGAUGAUCGCCGUGGAGGACCUCCACCUUUCGAUGAUAUGCGCAGGGGACCACCGCCAAUGAGGGGCGGUGGUGGUGACUUUGGAGGUGACUUCAUGGGACGUUCCCCAGGUGGAAUGGGUGGAAUGGGCGGAAUGGGUGGAGAUAUGUUUACACGACGCGGACCUCAAAUGCGAGGUGGCCGAGGAGGUGGAUUUGACAUGGAUGGAGGCUACAAUCAAGCCUUCCCGCCACUCGGCGGUGGCGGAGGCGGCAUGGGAAAUCGCAAUGGGCCGCCUCGUAGAUGGUAAAGAACAUUUUCGCCCCACGUUCUCAAAAUAAAAAAAGAAAAAGUGAGAGACAGAGAGAGAGAUAAAAAUAAGAGAAUUUGCAAGAAAAAAAAAAAGAAUUUUCCAAAAUUCUCAGGGCGAAAAGAAAAUAAUUUUAAUCACAAAUGGAGAGAUUUCCUGUCUUUUUUUUAGGAUACACAAAAAUUAAAUAACACCCAUCAUAAAUAUAGAUACUUUCAGGUUAAAUAACAUAGAGAUUCCUUUUACUUCAUCUUCCAAUAUGUUCUUGCAAAUAGCCGUUAGAGACUUUUGCACCAAAUUUAAUUGAAUUGUAGGACGAACAUUUUUUUUUUCAUAAUUAUAUUUUGUAUCUUCAGACACACAGGAAAAUGUGCUUCAAAUAUUUUUAGGAAACAGAUUUGAAAGUGUUUUUUUUUUAGAAAUAUAAUUAUUUUGCAAGAACAAGAAUUAUAUUAUGUUGAUAACAUUCAAAAAUAGGCGAUUAGAAAUUGAGAAAAAUUGACAAACACAAUUAUAUUUGAUUAAUUUAUCAAAACAAAAUAUGUAUGUCGUCGGAGGAUAUCAAUACUUAAUGGAAAAUAAAAUUAAUCGAUGGAAAUGAAA